CUGGCGCCGCUCUCUGUUGUGCGUCGGCGGAGGGCCUCAAAAUACGAGUAAUGAACUAUUAAACUAACACGAGGCGAGCGCACAGAGAAUUGAAAGGCCGUGAGAAUCAGUGUCAAAGGGCGAACGCGGCUAUCGGCUACUUGCAUAUGGGAGUUUUGCGCGCUGCCAAAUCAUGACCCACAUAACGCAAGGGGCAGCCAUGCGUGCCCCGUGUAGGAGCACGGUUUUUCGCGAGCUGCGGGCAGUCGAGAGGACCGCUGGCCUACUGCGCGAGCAGCCCCUGCGCCCAGCCAGGCAUGCCUCGGUCUCUCGGCAGCUCCCGCCCCCCAGGCGCAGCGAAACUGACUCGCGCGCGCGCAGCCGCCCCUUCCGAGCCGAGCCGAGAGCAGCGCUGCCCGGGUCUCCUCGGGCAGUAUCGAGUGUGCCUCUCUCGCGUCCGCAGCCCGCAGCUGGCCGUCGUCGCGCCGCGAGUGCAGUGCAGCGCGCUACGUCCCCUCGGCAGCCUCGGCGGCGGCUUCCUGCAGUUCACCUGCGGCCGGCAUUCGACGCCGAUGCGGGGAAUGCACGGCUCGAGGCGCUCGACAAGCCGCCGCGCCACUGCAGCGACGAUCGACGGCGAGGGGCGCAGCGGCAUCGGCAGUGCGUAUUAGCGCCGAUGCACAGGGAAAAGCAAAGGCCGAGCCUGACUCGAAGCCGCGGGCACGGGAGAGUUCCGGUAAGUCGCCAAGAGUGCAGCGCGGGGAGAGUCACUCGGAGCGAUCGGCUGCCAUAAUCAACAGGUAGCAAAAUAGCCAGCGGUGCAGGCCUAUACUGAAAGGCCGCUCUUCGGGAUCGAUCGCGCGCCGCUAUUUUUAGUUGCGGCACUUGCUCGCCGAGCGUCAGGAUGAUACACGCGAGUUGACUUUUGCAGAAGCGAUGUGAGGAAUGAUCAGGUGGCUGAUGGUCGGACUGCUCUUGUUUACGGAGUCAGCCUGCGAGAGCGGAAGAAAUGCGCUGCCCGGCAAAAAUGGCAAGAAUGAAAAGGAGAGCGCCGCCACGAGAGCUACCGCCACCACGGCCGAGGAGAACAUCUAUCGUCUAACCUGCUACACGUGCGUCAACGUCAGCGAUAACAAGAUGUGCAACGAAUGGGCAAUCGACACGCCGUGUCCAGCCGGAGGCCGGGAUUUCUGCCGAUCCCUGCACAUCCUGGACAGCCGAGGGCAGAGCGUCUUGGUGAGCAAGAGCUGCGUCAGCAAAAUCGAAUGCAGUCCGGCGUCCGUCGGCUGCGUGCCCAUCGACACGCAAAAGAUAUGCAUAAGCUGCUGCGACACGAGCUACUGCAACAUCGAGUCGCCGACGAACGCGACGAACGCGACGUUCUCGCGCAAGCGGCCCAAACCAAAGAGCCUCAAGAAGAAGAAGAAGAAGAAGAAGAAGAGCAGCGACCGCGCUGUGGACCAGGACGAGGGCGAGGAGGAGGACGAGGACGAGGACGAGGAGGAGGACGAGGACGAGGCCUCAACCGCGUCCCAGUCGAUACUCUUCCCGAGACUGGCCAGCCUCGCCUACGGCACCGCCUUCUACUCUGCAAUUAGCGUCUUUCUCAAUCGAGCAUAUCAUUAAUAGAUCGUAAUAUACACUCUGAUGUCGGCGGACGAAUAGCAGGAGAGUUAAUUACGCACCUACGUGCAACAAUCAAGAUACAUACCUGUAAUACAUAUAAGUAAGGCCAAUCGUAGGAUUAAGGUGUGAACAAAGCAAAAGGAGAGAAAUGCAAUAUUAUGUAGAAGACGUUGUUUGAGCUGGUUACUCGCGCGCCUUUGGCGGUGCCGGAGGAUGUGUAUCUUCCGCGUCUCGACCGCGUCUCGACCGCGUCUCGACCGCGACUCGACACACGCGCACACCCCCACACACUCCGCGUCCUCGCCGCUUUUUCCGGCAAAAAGCCGACGUUUUUCCCUGCGCAAUGCAAACCCGAGGCCGCGCGUCUAUGAAAAGGGGCAAAUGGGCUUCUCCCGCUCUCUCGCUCCUCUCUUUUCCGCGCUUUUCUAAGCUGAAUAGGCUGCGCUGCUGGUCAGUCUCGUUGACUCUUUACGCUGCGGAUCUUCAGAGGGGCGGGAUAGCUGAAAAGCCCCCGUCGUCGACGGUAAACCAGGCGAAUGAACACUCAAGCCCCGUGAAUGAGCCUUAUUAUUUGCUUACAGCCGGCCCGGCCGUCGGACGCGUUUGGCUUCCUCCACUUCGGCCUCUUGCGCGCGCGCGCGAGCUGUUUUUUUUUUCAUGCGAUAAAUGGCCGCAUUUUACUCGGACCUUUUCAAACGCUUUUAUUCGUUUACAGGUGGUUCUUCGUUCGCUCCUUGACCCCCCUAGCUCUCAGCUGCAUAUAGAUUGCGCUGAUUGAAAAUUCUUUUCAUGUAUCGCAGCGUCCUCGCAUGUUUUCUUCAUUAUUAGAUGCGAAUUUUAUUCAUAUAUCAGUAGUAGGGUGUAGACGAAUCAACUCAACCGUUGUUGCUAUAUAGAUAUGCAGUACUAUAUACAAUUAUGUAUACGCGCCUUUGAACGCAAUACUGUGCGCCAAACUAUACCGCAGUUAUAUUGAAGAUUUUGAUCUCAGGUUAUCGAUGCAGUGAGAGGAAAAUCGUUAGAAUAAUAGUUUCGAACUUUUGCGUUCAGUUGGCCGAUUAUGCGUCGGACAGAAACAUAUUAAACAUAUAUAUAUAUACAUAUAUAUAUAUAUAUAUAUAUAUAUAUAUAUACACACACACACACACAUGUCCUUUGUUGUAUGAACAUACGUGCGUGCAUUUUUCAGUGCGAUUCAAAGUACGCAUAAAGAAGGAAGUGCGUGGAAACUACUUUUUUUCAGCGCUAGUUUUUUCUUAGCUUAUUAACCGCAUGCAUCGCAUCAAUAUGGGUAUCUAUGCUCGGCAGAAAAGUAGAGCGGCAUACACACACGUAAAAUGCAAAGUAACAAACAGACAAACAUAAAACUUGAGUGAAAAAGGUGCGUUAUACUUAGUGUAGAGAAUAAACAAGGAAUAACCAGAGCGUCAUACAUAACGGUGCCAAUUUUUCAGAGUGAUGAUGCGUAAAAAUAUAUGUCAAAUAGAGAAAAAGUAAAACGUCGUCUCUCCUAUACUUAUAUAUAUAUAUAUA